CGGGUAGGAGUGGACGGACAGAAGGCAGACGCCAGGGAGGGCUGCACUGCACGGGAACGCGGGCGCCUGGCCGACUGGAUGGUGGUGCUGGGCGCGCCAAGCCAAUGGAAGGAGGAGGAUUUGCUGCUGUCUCUGCUGCUCCAUCCUCCCCUCAGAGGCCCUCUCCCCUCUCCCAUCUCAAGAUGGCAGCCAGCAGCUCUGAGGUCUCUGAGAUGAAGGGGAUAGAGGAGGGUCUCCAGACCCAGGGAGAAGGGCCUGGCCAUUCUGAGACCAAAACUGGCCCUCCCCAUGUCUCAUCUGGGGUCCCAGAUGAACCAGAGGCCCUGCAGCCAGGUCCAGACAUCACUGGGGCCCCUGUGGACUCAGAGCCCAAAGCUGGGACGGCUCCAGAAAUCACGGAGAUCCCAACAGGGAUCCCAGAAACAGCCCAGGCCAAAGACCUUGGCUCCAGCUCAGGAGGGGAACCAAAGGCCAACUCCAGUCCCAAAAAAGCAUGCCAAGAGCCAGCAUCCAAGCCAGAAGUGAGCAAAGAGGUCACUGCAGACCAGGGGACCAACCUGGAGUCUGCAGGCCUGAUUGAGCCAGCCUCAGAGCCCACUUCCCAGCUGGUCCCCCAGUCAGGUUCCCAGCUCACCCCCAAGCCAGCUCUACAGACAGAGCCUCCUAUCCAGGAGGACCCCACCACUGAGGUCUUGACUGAGAGUAUGGGGGAAAAGCAAGAGAAUGGGGCAGUGGUUCCCCUGCAGGCUGGUGAUGGGGAAGAGGGCCCAUCCCCCCAGCCUCACUCACCACCCUCAACAAAACCUCCCCCAGCCAAUGGGGCUACCCCCCGCAUGCUGCAGCAGCUUGUUGAGGAAGACCGAUUAGGAAGGGCCCACAGUGGGCAUCCAGGAUCUCCACGAGGUAGCCUGAGCCGCCACCCCAGCUCCCAGCUAGCGGGGUCUGGGGUAGAGGGGGGUGAAGGCACCCAGAAACCUCGGGACUACAUCAUCCUCGCCAUCCUGUCCUGCUUCUGCCCCAUGUGGCCUGUCAACAUUGUGGCCUUCGCUUAUGCCAUCAUGUCCAGGAACAGUCUGCAGCAGGGGGAUGUGGAUGGGGCCCAGCGUCUGGGUCGAGUGGCCAAGCUCUUAAGCAUCGUGGCGCUGGUAGGGGGGGUCCUCAUCAUCAUCGCUUCCUGCGUCAUCAACUUAGGCGUGUAUAAGUGAGGGGCUCUGUCCUGCAUUCCAAGACUUUUCUUCCUGUUGGGAGCUGCCUUGGGCCCAUCCUCCCCUGCUCCCCUGAGGGGAACCCAGUCGAUGGCCCAGGCCCACACCCAUAGGGACCAAGGGAGCCUGAGCAGCCUUGUUUACAGUUUCUUUCCUGCUCCUGCAUCUUGCCAGGCUCCUCUGCCAAAUGUAGGCCUCCCUUCUCUGCACUGUUUCCAGUCUCCCUGCACUUCUGCCUGCAGCCCGUCCAGCCUCUUGGCCUCCCUAUUUCUGCAUUUCUGGAAACCUCCCUGAACAUCUCCCAAACUCUUUGCUCUCAGCCCCACUUCAUCUCUCCCAUCCUUCCUGCACUUCUUCCAAUCUCCCAAAUUCCUGCACCUCCACCCUGAUCUCCCCCCUCCACAACUUUAAGUGUCUUUGCAUCUUCCCCCAUUCCUUUCUUCCUUCUCUCCUUUAUCAUUUCUCCUUUCCUCCCCACACCCUUCGCCUCCUUCCUUCUCCUGUCUCAUCUCCCCUCAGCAUCUUCUCCUCCCCUAAGGAUCCUCGCCUCCACCCUCCUGCCACCGUUUAUUCUGCAAAAACUCCAGCACCUAGAUCAGGCUGGGGGAGGGCACGAAGUCAGGAGAGGACUCUGGCCCGGGGCUGUUCUCUGCUGGGACCACCCGGGUCUGAAUGCCUAAAGGGCGCCACGGGGUCGCAGAGCUGGCAAGCCGGGGCUCGUUUGGGGACUUGUGCAGGAGUGGUGAGCACUGUUCUAAACACGCACCUGGGAGAAGGGAGGGGGUGCAGCUGUUGACCCUCCACUGCAAGCCUGAAUUGACCUGCCGCCCCGCCCCGGGCUUUUUAACCUUGUCGGCGAGUUUCUUAAAGGCAUAGGGGGCUGAGGUCACUCACGUGCUUUGUAAUGAAAGAGCCCUCCCAAAUAGGACCAAAGCCCCCAGCCUCAAGGAGCGAAGAGCUAUAUACCUAAUUAUUUUCUAAGAGGAGGAGGGAAGUGUGUUGUAUGCCAGUUUGCUAGGGAGGCAGAGACCGAGCUACGACGCGGUUCGGAGUUAGCGGGGAUUUUUGUUUCCUUUAAAAAAAAGUGUAGGGGGUGGGCCUAAAAGUCUUUAAAAAAAAAAAAAAAGGAUACAUCAAACUGAUUCUCCCUUUUUGUAUGUCGGAUGCUGCAUGAGCCUGAAACACCAA